AUGUCGACACAACAGCAGGCCAUGAUCGUGGACACCGUCCUCGCGCUGAGGAGGACGCUCAAGCGCAAAGCCUACGAUUCCGACUCGGACUCGUCAAUCGACCAAACAACAAACCGCGGCAAUAAGCUCAAGAAGCGAGCGCGAUUCGUCCACCAAGGCCGCUUGACGUCCUCGAUGGGCCCAGCGGCAUACAAGGAGAUCGCAGACCACGCUGGAUAUCAACGAGCAAUUAUAAACCGCAAUGUGCCCCUGAUUGACGAAGACGGCUACGACAUUGACAGCGGCGACGACGAGGAGCAAGUCCAGGAGGCCAUUGCCGCGGCUAUGGACGAGAACCCUUACUCGUCUAUCAGGCUUGAAGAGAUACUGGCUCCGUUGACCGCCGUCACCGACCUACCGUCGCAUCCGACCCUCUCGCGACCCUUCAUCUCAAACACUCUGACCGAAUUGAUAGAACAAGGGCGCAACCUGAUGCAAAAGGAAAACAAGGCACUGUGGAAAGCUAAGCCGCUGCUCACCCAGCUGGUGGGCGAUAACGCUUGGGCACCCUGCGGGCUCAUGACUGCACCCGACGAUCGCGAUGCCUUGUUGUUUAGCGACACGGUGAGCUUCUUCAAGCGUCCGGCUCGACCCGUGCCCGUGGGAAUUCCGGCCCCGGUCGGAGCAAAUGGGGGCCCUAGAUCUCCUCUGAAUACCCCCCCCGAGUCAGCGCAACGAGGCACUAUACCGGAUGGGUUACGAGCACAGGCAGCAACACAAUUAGCCAACGCCGCAGAGGGCAAUGCACAAUCGACCGAGGAGGCCCCAGACGGGGAAAUACUACCGGACGCCCACAUUAACAGCAAUGGGGAGCGGGAGGCUGAUGGUGGUGCUGGACUGAACCUAGCUGAAGGUGGUGGACAAGUCAACGGCAAUCUGACCAACGACAGGGAUAAGAUAGACGGUUCAGUCUCCGCAGAUGGCACCUCAAGCAAAACGGAUACUAGCGCAGCGGAAGACAUGGAGAUGACCGAGGCGUCAGGCGAAAAUGCCAGCACAGUACCUGACCGACCACCAGCGCCACACCCGGUGCUUGCGCCACCAGCCGUGCACGCCGCAUCUCCCAUGGCUGAAACGCUUGACGAGCACUUCAUCCACCCGCUCUUCCGGCUCCCGGCAGCAGCGCAUCCGGACCGCGACCUGGGCCUGCCCGAGCAAGAGGCCGAGGAGGUACGGCGGCUGCUGCUGCUGUAUGUGCAAAAGCAGGAAGAGAUCUGCCGGGGCGCCCACCGGCUCUACGAAGGGCUGCUCAAAGCGGACCGGCUCCGCAAGACGGUGUGGCGCUGGGCCAAGUCGGAGGCGCAUUGCGGGCCGAACCGGGACAUGUCGGACGGCGAGGACUGGUACGACAAGGAGGAGUGGGGGCUGACGGAGGACCUGAAGAAGGGGGAGGACGAGCCGGAGGAGGACACAACACUGCCGCAGAAGAAGACGCGGAAUCGCAAGUGA